GAAUAUAAUUUUAGGGAAUUUUUUUUUGGCGGUGGUUUAUUUUUUUUAGGGCUCAUCCUCGAUUCGAACCUCGACGCGACGCGACGCGACUCACUCUCUCACACCUUUUGACGGCGUUUUUCAUUUUCACCACCUCUCCUCCUCUUCCUCUGGUCUUCCGUCUCUCACUCUGCAUCGAGAUCUUACGGUGCCUCCCCUGAUCUCGAUUCUAAGCUUUAAUAUUAUCGUCAAUUUCGCAAAUCGCGAUUUAAAAAUCCACGCCGUUGAUUUCAAUGCUGAGACUUACUCCGCCGUCUCCCGCUGCUAAAAAUCGCCACUCGCGGAGAGGAAUAACAAAACCCUAGCUUCUCACAUCAUUAUCUCUCUCUCUCUCUCUCUCUCUUUCGCAUCAUUUCGUACCCUCAUCUCUCUCUCUCUCUCUCUCUAUCUCUGCCUCGAAAUUUUAUAGGAAUCGUGAGGGAGGUGGGGGCUCUCUAUCCACAUGUGAUGUCUGGAAAUGAGAUUCGUCCGAUCAAGCUGAAGGCUAGCUUGGCGAUGAAGAAGCAUCAUGAAGAAGAGGACAACAACAGCAAAGCUUUGGUGAAAGUCAAGUUAGAGAAGGACAAGCACGUCUCCUCUUCAGAUGACGGCUCCUCCGGGAAAGCCAUGGUUACUGUGAAGUUAGAGAAGGAAGAAGAAUCUUCCGGUGGGGUUCUUGUAGCGAGUAGUGGUGGGGCACUCAAGAGGAAACGAAUCUCUCGAUUAGUUGAAAAAUCUCGAAGAUUCUCAGCCAAGAGCAGCGAGAGCAGCAGCAGCUUGUUGGAUAAACAGAAACAGAAGACAUGUCUUCGCAGAGGGAUGACUACUCGUUGGAACACCGAUAGGAUUGAUAAUGCGGAGCUAGCGUUAUUCGAGAUACUCAAGGAGAAAGGCGCUUCCUUUGAGAGGCCUGUUCCGCGGGCAGAGCUGCGAGUUUCGGCUCGUAGGAGGAUCGGGGAUACUGGGCUGUUGGACCAUUUGUUGAAGCACAUUGACGGGAAUGUGACCCCCGGUGGCGCGGAGAGGUUUAGGAGGUGUCAUAACACCGAAGGGACGAUGCAGUAUUGGCUAGAGAGUGCUGAUCUGAUCAAGAUCAAGCUUGAGUCUGGGGUAUGUGAUUCUAACUGGGCUCCCCCUUCUUGGUGGAAGCUUCAGGGUGCGAACAGCAUUAUUAAACUUGAACCUGGGGUUCUUGAACCGUCUGAGUCCCCUGCUAAGCUUAAGGAAGAAAUGGAUAAAAUGAGGAGUGAGAUCAAAGAACUUGUAUCUGAUUUGGCACUAAUUAAACGUGAAUCUGGAAUUCGUGAUCUGGACUCGAUUCCUCUAGCUCAGUGGAAGAUUCAUAGUUCAUCAAAAGAAUCACCUGCUGUCUCCUCAAAGCUUAGGGAAGAAAUUGAUAAAAUGAAGAGUGAUUUAAAAAAACAUAUAUCCAAGCCAGAAUUACCAAAUAAUGCUGAUGCAAAUGAGAAAUUAAUCAAGGAUUUUAUGAGUUGGAGGGUAAAGACUGAUAAGCAAAUUGCGGAGAUCUCAAAUUCUUUGGCAUCGACACAGUGCAUGGUUAAGGAAUUAGUUUCGUGGAAAGAUAAAGUAGAACAGCAGCUGGUGGGAAUUUCAAACUCGCACAACAGUCGGCAGGCAAAUGGGAGCAAUUCCUUCAGUCCAAAUCCUCAAAACUGGGAACAUUUAUUGCAUAGUACCAACUUGGAUGAUUUCACUGGGGACGGUUUUGAACCAUGGGAUGUUGAUACUGACCUUAUCGAUGCUCUACCGGAGGCAGAGGCUGUCAGGCCCGAUACCUACUUGCUUCCACCAAAUGCUCGCAAAAGCUCUUUCCAGGACCAUAUGUGGUUCGAGGAGCAGUCAGUGCUCAACUCCGAAAUGCAGAGGACGACAGAGAGCUGCAUGACCAGGGGAGAUUCCAGAAGCUCCAAUCAGGACAAAGCUGAGUUGACUCCAGGUUCUUCGAUGACUGCAGGUCCAAGAUCAGAUAUUGAGGACCCAAAUAUUAAUUCUCAGGAAACGUUGAAAGAGUUGGUGAGUUGGAAAGCGAAAGCAGAGCAGCAGCUAAUGGAAAUUUCAGACGCUGUGCGAGCUCUUCAGGGAUGAUAAGAAUCAAAUCGAAACAGGCUUUUACCAUACACAACAAGGCACCGUUUGUUUCAUCAAAAAUGAUCUCGAUUCACCUUACAUAGAAGAAUCCCUUUGGAGACUUGUACAGGGUUUCUGGUUAAAAGAAAGUUGAACAAAAAAAGAGAGGGAAAACAAAGAGGCAGUAGGCAUCUGGAAAAUUUAUUUAGGAAGAGGAUCAUCAUCUACAUGAAAAUGAUGCCCCAAAGGUAGAGAGGGACGCUUUUAAUAGUAGUGGUUUGCUGUAUAUUUUCUCUGACCACUCUCUUAUUUAACAAUCAACUUCUUUUGAGUAAUCUUUUCUUUCUCCUUUUCUCUAUGAGGUCUCGAUUUAAGUUGGGAUUAUUAUACUUUGUUAAAUAAAAUAAAAUCAAAGUACUGUAAAUCAUA